CGGGUCCGUUUCGGGUGACUACUCCCUCCGGCAGGGCCUGGCUCUGCACCCGGCGACGGUAGGGCCGCGGCGCUGAGUGGCGGCUUCCCCUCAGGCCCAUCUCCGCAGUGGUGGGGGCCUGAGGGGAAGGCUGAGUGGGAUGCGGCUGACGCGGAAGCGUCUCUGCUCGAUUCUUAUCGCCCUGUACUGCCUCUUCUCCAUCUACGCCGCCUACCACGUCUUCUUCGGGCGCCGCCGCCGGACGCAGGACGCGUCUUUGCGGGGCCUCAGGAAGGGGGCUGCCCCGGCGCGGGAGAGGCGCGGCCGAGAACAGUCUACUUUGAGAAGUGAAGAAUGGAAUCCUUGGGAAGAAGAUGAAAAAAAUGAGCAAAAACACAGACUGCAGAUAUUAAAUAAGUCCACAAAAGAGAAAAAAGACUUCCAUGUACAAAUCUGGGGCAAAGCUGCCAUUGGUUUGUAUCUCUGGGAGCAUAUUUUUGAAGGUUUACUUGAGCCCACUGAUGUGACUGCUCAGCGGAGAGAAGGAAAUUUAGUUGUUGGAAGAACACAUUACAGCUUCAUCACUGGUCCAGCUGUGGUCCCAGGGUACUUCUCUGUUGAUGAGAAUAAUGUGGUACUCAUUCUAAAUGGAAGAGAAAAAGCAAAGGUCUUUUAUGCCACCCAGUGGUUACUUUAUGCACAAAAUUUAGUGCAAACUCAAAAACUCCAGCAUCUUGCGGUUGUUUUGCUUGGAAAUGAACAUUGUAAUAAUGAGUGGAUAAACCAGUUUCUCAAAAGAAAUGGAGGCUCUGUGGAACUACUUUUCAUAAUAUAUGACAGCCCCUGGAUUAAUAACAUGGAUGUUUUUCAGUGGCCUUUAGGAGUAGCAACAUACAGGAAUUUUCCUGUGGUGGAGGCGAAUUGGUCAAUGCUGCAUAAUGAAAGACCAUACUUGUGUAAUUUCGUAGGAACCAUUUAUGAAAAUUCAUCCAGACAAGCACUAAUGAACAUUUUGAAACAAGAUGGGAAUGAUAAGCUUUGUUGGGUUUCAGCAAGAGAACAGUGGCAGCCUCAAGAAACAAAUGAAAGCCUUAAGAAUUAUCAAGAUGCUCUGCUUCAGAGUGAUCUCACAUUGUGCCCAGCAGGAGUGAACACGGAGUGUUACAGAAUAUAUGAGGCUUGCUCCUAUGGCUCCGUUCCUGUGGUAGAAGACGUAAUGACAGCUGGCAGCUGUGCAAAUUCAUCUGUUUACCAUAAUGCUCCUCUGCAGUUACUCAAGUCCAUGAAUGCUCCCUUUAUCUUUAUUAAGAACUGGAAGGAACUUCCUGCUAUUUUAGAAAAAGAGAAAACUAUAAUUUUACAAGAAAAGAUUCAGAGAAGAAAAAGGUUACUUCAGUGGUAUCAGUACUUCAAAGCAGAGCUAAAAAUGAGAUUUAUUAAUAUUGUGGAAAGUUCAUUUCUAAAGAACAAUAAAGGUUAACUGUAGUUCAUCUUUUUGAGCUAAGGUCUGAUUUUUUAAAUCAUUUCUAAUACUGGGUAUGUAUGCGUGUGUUUGUGUAUUUAUUAAUGUUCUUUAAGUUACCCCUAGACCCUAGAUUAUGUCUGUAGUAUUGACCAAGUACAGCCUUUUUGGGCCACUCCUGAAAAUAAAGUUAAAAUGUUACUCAAA